GAAAAGAGAUAAGCUUAAACCGAGCAAGAGCUCUGUGCGUUGCUAAUGGCCUCUGCCUUCAACACAAUUCCAGGGUUUUCUUCAUUGAAACCAAUAUCCGCACCUUGUACCAAAAAAACAUGCUAUUAUUUCCACACGAGAAAGAAAAGUUAUCUGUGUGGCAGAAUCGCCAGGGCCUCAUCUGAAGCUACUACAAUAAACGAACCCGAUAAUGGUGUUGCUCGAGCAAAUGCUGUUUUUAAAAGGCAGAAACCAGGGUUCACAAGCAAUUUUGAGGCUAAGUUUAGAUUUAAUUUAAUGGAGGAAUUAAUGCAAUGUGCCAGAAGAGGAGAUGUGAAAGGCGCAACGGAUGUAAUGAAUGACAUGAUUUCAGCUGGACUUACGCCUGGUCCUCAUUCUUUCCAUGGUCUAAUUGUUGCACACGUCUUCGCUGCUGACGAAUAUGGAGUGGUGCAAUUAUUGCGAAAAGAAGUAAGUUUAGGUAUUCGUCCUCUAGAAGAGACAUUUGUUGCAGUGGUUCGACUCUUUGGGUCAAAGGGUCAUGAUUUGAGAGGACAACAAAUCCUUGCUUCUAUGGAAAACUUCAAGUUUGAUAUUCGUCGAACCUGGCUUGUUCUUGUUGAGGAGCUAUUUAGAGCCGGUUAUCUACAGAAGGCAAAUGAUGUGUUUUUGAAGGGUGCAGAAGGAGGAUUAAGAGGCACUGAUAGACUCUAUGAUCUCUUGAUUGUAGAAAAUUGUAAAGCUAUGGAUCAUGCUAAUGCCUUGAUGAUUGUACAGAAUAUGGAGGCUUAUGGAAGAAUGCCGACAACUUUUCAUUUUAAUUGCCUACUUAGUGUACAGGCAACAUCAGGAUUCCCAGAAAUAGCUGCAAAUACGUUCGAGAAAAUGGAGUGUGGUGAAGAUUUUAUGAAGCCUGACACGGAGACAUACAAUUGGGUUAUUGAAGCGCACCUGAGAGCAAAUUCUGGUGAUAGGUGUGAAGAAAUCGUUAAUUUGGUUGGAGCUAUGGUUGAAGAUCAUAGACGUGUGCAGCCGAAUGUGAAGACUUAUGCGUUGCUGGUAGAAUGCUUCACAAAAUAUUGCAUUAUAAAUGAAGCAUUAAGACAUUUUCGUGGACUCAAGUGUUAUCAAGGAGCAAUGAAAGUUCUUCACAAUGAUGGGAAGCAUGGAGACGCACUUUCCUUGUAUCUUCGGGCACUAUGUCUUGAAGGAAGAGCCGUUGAACUACUCGAAGCUUUGGAAGCAAUGGCUAGUGAUGAUCAAUCCAUUGCACCAAGAGCCAUGAUUGUAGAUAGAAAAGGCCGUACUUUGGUAAGCUCUUGGAUUGAACCUCUCCAAGAAGCAGCUGAAUUAGGCUUUGAAGUGGACCACGUAGCCAGGUAUAUUGAAGAGGGGGGUUUAACAGGUGAGAGAAAGAGGUGGGUACCUCGUGGACGUCCUCUUGAUCCUGAUUGUGAAGGGUUUUUCUACUCACAUCCAGUUGAAAUAUCAUAUAAACAGCGUUGCAUUGAGAAUUCAAAAACAUACAAUAAAAGGCUCCUGACAAAGCUGUUGAGUGAAGGAGAAGGUUCCCUAGGAGCAGAUGUGACAAAAAAGGAUAUUCAUAGAUUGGCGGAGAAGAUAAAGAUGGAUGUAGUUGGUAAUAGUCCACUUAUUGUACAAAGGCCUAAAGCUGCCAGCAAAAUGUUGGUAUCUGAGUUAAAAGAGGAACUGGAGGGUCAAGGUGAGCCUACAGAUGGAAACAGGCAAGAGCUUUAUCAGAGAGUGCAGAAAAAGAGGAGGAUAAACAGAGCAAAAGGCAUACCUCUUUGGGUUCCACCAGCUAAGAAUGAGGAAAAUGAGGUGGAUGAUGAACUUCAAGAGUUAGUUUCCCAACUACAGGCAAGCUAUGCAAAGGAGGACAAUGAAUAUUGGAGGAAUCGUUUUAGGUACUUUACAGGUGAAAUUGUCGAGGAUGGAAAGCAAGUUGAAAAAGAAGCUGCAAGUCCUGUGCUUUCAGAAGAUAAUGGCAAGGAGGCUACAGAAUCAAAAGUUGGAACAGACAAUGUAGAUGAGAAUGUGAGUGACAAGGAUGGAGAUGAGGAUAAAGGUGACAAAGAUGAAGAUGAGGAAGAAGCCGUAGCUGGUUUUGAAGAGGAUCUAAGCAAGCAACCACUUAAGCUGAUUAGUCAAAAACUAGCCAGUGAUGGAGAAAACCAACAAGUAGAAUCCGAAACAGAGUCUCCAGAAGAGACUGAAGAGAUAUGGGAAGAUCCAGAUGAACCAUGGUAUCUCAAAGCAACGAUAGAGGAAAUAUGCAAAUAUCUUAAGUACCAAAUGAGGUUCGAUGCCUCAGAGAUGUAUACUAUUGAAGAUGCUUGGGGAUGGACAUGGGAAAAGGAACAUAGAACUAAAGUUCCAGAGACAUGGACACAGGAAAAAGAAGUGAAGAUUGCGAUGGAAAUAAUGGAGAAGGUCAUUGAAGUAGGUGGUACUCCCACUAUUGGAGAUUGUGCUAUGGUAUUGCGAGCAGCCAUAAGAGUUCCACUUCCUUCGGCUAUGGUGUCAAUCUUACGAAGAGCACAUAGCCUUGGAUAUAUUUUUGGCAGUCCACUAUAUGAUGAAGUGAUUACUCUCUGUAUGGAUAUUUGCGAACGGGAUGCUGCAAUUGCCAUUGUUACAGAUCUUGAAGAAGCUGGUAUCACUGUUCCAAAUGAAACUCUAGACAGAGUCCUUCAGGAAUCUAAUCCGGAAGGGGAUGAUCCCACUGCCGAUUCAUAAACAUGUUAUAAUUGUUCAGGUUGGCCAAUCUAGUUGCACAGUUGGAUCUUACUUGUAAGAAGGAAAAAGGCCUUCUCACGAAUAGUAGCCUCCCAAUGAUUCUAAACAGACAUACUUACCUUAUCUGCCUGGUUCUCUACCUUGAAAGAUGCAGAAAAUUUUGUGGAAAAAGAGAUUGAUCUUCAUUAAAUGGUUAUUUUUUCAUCUUUGCUUGGGAGGAUCUCUCCAUCUAUCUCACUAUCCCAAGCAGAUGGAUGCAUUUUGCAGAGCUGUUUGCGAACAGAAUGUCCUCUCAAGUUUGAUUCCUUUGAAACAUUACCUGACUUACAAGCAUAGGUCAUCAUAAGUUGACAGUAGAUCUUGAGAUUGUAAAGCACAACAGAGGUUGAAGUUCAAUUCUCGAUGUAUCAUGAACGAAGAUUAAAACACAGUCCUUGGUUUGGAGCCUAUUUAGAUGGUAGCCAUGAUGAUUUUUCAACCUUAGAGGCUGGGUCUGUCCAUAACUUCCCAAGUGCUCAUAAGUUUGAGCAUGUAGUGUAAAGAUGGGAAAAGCUCUAUUAUAGACUGGACAUACCAGAGACGCAUUAACUGUCAUAAAUGAUGAUCAAUCAUGGCAUUAAUCAAAGUUUAUAUGUACUUAUGUUUCUUUUCCUGUUCCAGAGCAACUGAUGUUAAAAAGGGAGAUGUUAUUAGUGUAAGAGAGAUUAAGCUAGCCUAAAUUUGUACUUUGCCAUCAUGGUAGCCAGAUAUAUUAGUGGACAAGAAGAACUCAUCUGAUAUGGGUUAAAAAUACUCGUCUUGAAUUUACAGUAUCCCUGUCAAUCUGUAUAAGGAAAAGUCUCUUCUAAUAAGAAGAUUUUUUGUUUUAAUUCACAUAUCAUGAAGGUUAUUAUGUUCAGAAUUCCGUUACUCUACAGAUUGAGGUACUUAUAGCUCCCGCUUGUGUACUAUGGCAAUAAGGAUUGAUCAGUAAAUGAUUUAAUUAGUUCUUCAUCAAGAGAGUGAAAUUCCUAUAAAGAAUACAUAUUUGUAUUUUCAGGUGUCUGAAGUGCACGAGUGAAGUACAUAGUCAAGAAGAAUGGCCCACGUGAGCACCUAAAACGAAAGGAAGAACCAAGAAAUAUGAGCACAAAUGUUGAAGUAUAGAAGGGAGUCAAAGUAUGCCGCCACUAAUGACACAAAAAAGCAAACAUGCAUUGGGGUAUUUAGGUUCAAGAUAAAAAAAAGUCAUGCUUGAACCUCAGAAGUGAAGCUUGUGAAAUCAAUAUCAAUUUCUCACUAGAGAAUAUAUUUUAGAGAAUGAUUUGAUUGAUAGAGCUUUCUGAAGUACUUGUAGCACUGAUUUUGGCAAUUUUGUCUAUAUGAAGCUUUAUUUUAAAUUUAAAUUAUAUUAAUUAUAAACUCUUUUAAGUA